CCGGAUAUCCUGUUAGUGUUAUUGCAGCGGAUCAGACAGCAGCUGUUUAGACCAGAAGAGAAGAUCUGGUUCAGUCUCAGAUAUCAACCAGCUUCACUCAGUUCUACUGCAGGCUGACAGCUCAGCGUCUCCUGUCUGUCUCCUGUCUGUCUCCUGUCUGUCUCCUGUCUGUCUCCUGUCGGUGUUCUGGUGUCGGUUCUGUCGGUUGUAGUGAUGGUGCUGUCCACGGCUCAGCAGGUCGCUCUGGCGUUCACGGCGGUUCUCUUCACCUUCGUCGUUCUGCCCCGGAUGUUCGGAGUGGGAGGAGGAACCGGAGCGAAGGAGACCCGGUUCGACCCCCGCUACUCCCGGAAGGCAGCUCCGGGUCCCGGCGCGGUCCGAGGUCAACCCAUCAACGUGAACGCACCCGGCUCGCCUCAGACCCCCGAGAACAUGCAGCAGAUGAAGAAGCUGAUGGAGCAAGAGCUGAAGAGUGACAAGUACAAGACCAACAGCAACAAGGGCUACGUGUUCACGCUGAUGCCUCUCUACGCCAUCGGAGUGGGAGUGUUUGCCGCCUACAAGUUUUUGAAGAUCAAGUCUGCAGACGACCAGGCACAGAAGGACAAGUUUGCAAAAGGGGCCAAAAAAUCAGUGGAGGCAGAGAACCAGUUGAACGAGCUGGAACAAAGGCUAGCGCAGACAGAGAGGAUGCUCAACUCCAUCCUCACGCAGCUGGACCCGCUCACCAACUGUGUGAAGUCAGUGGCCCAGGAGCAGAAGAACGAGAUCAUGUCUCAGCUCCAGACCAUCCGCUACCUGAUGAAGAAGAGAGGUAUGGACUGUCCACCCCUCAACAUCAACGAGGCAUCCUGCGAGCGUAACCUGGACGACCUCAUCGAGUCGCUCGGAGCCAACGACACCUCGACAGUGGAAGCUUCUCUGGUGGACAAGCAGACCUCUCCGGUGACGGCAGAGCCUUCGGAAAAAGUCUAUCAAAAGCUUGUGGAAGAUGAAGCUGCGACGGAAGGUGAAGAGAUGAAGGAGCUCGUACCGGAGGAAUCGGAUGGGGAAGCGGAGGAAGAGGAGGACGACGAUAAGGAGGAGGAGGAGGAGGUUGAGGAGGAGGCGGAGGAAGAAGGAUCGGAGGACUGUGAGCUCAUGCCUUCACUUGAGGACCCCUAUGAGACAAACAUUGAGGAGGUCGGAGCGGAGCAGCUUGCGUCUGGCCUCAGGAGACGCAACAGGCCCGACUGAACUCACUGCGGGACUUCUGCACUGUACAGAAACGUGACAGAUUAAUAUUAAUAUUUAUUACCUGAAAGGCUUUCAUUCCAAAAGGCUGUCUUCAUCAAAAACAUAUAUUGCAUUCAUAAAAAAAAACCUCAUAAGGAAAGCUCUCUAACAGCAAA